GUCGUUUAUAGCAAGGUAAACUCAAAAAAAAAAUAAAACUACUGCCUUAUUAUUUGUAAAAUUCUUAAAGCUCAACGUACACACACAUUCCGGGUCCAAGUUUAUUGUUUUACUUAACUAACUAUGUUGGAUUAUAUAUUAAAAGUAGCCGCCGAGGCGAAUAUGCAAUUGACACAACAAAUGCUCAACCUGAGCGACUACGAAUCGGUGUUUAGCAUUCAAGGCAAACCCAUACUGCCGCCAUUGUUGUCACCAGAGCGUCGCCUGGAGAUGCAACAAUAUCGCUUGGCGGCCAUGGCCGUAGAGCAGCAGCUGCCACGCAGACCGAAGCAGCAAUCGAAGACAAACAAGCAUAUGCAGCAGCAGUUGCCACAAGUGGCACAGACUGGAGACAGAGUAGAUGCCAGCACUAGCACUGAAUUCGAGCUGGAGACGCCAGCAACGUCGCUGACUGUGCUGGGACGCUUUAAGCAGCAGCUGCAGCUAUCAGAGACGCUGAUCUACGACAACAAAUGCAAUGCAAUAAUCAAGCGAGUGAGAUCGCCGCCUAGACAGUUGCAACAAUUGCAAUACGAGCAGCAGCCCAAGCUGCAAUUGGCCUUGGUAAAGCCAGCACCAGAGGCGGGCACACUGGAGAGCAGCUCACUGGAGCUGCUGCUGGAGAAGGCAAAGCCACUGCCGCUGCUGCAGCCAGAGCCGGAACCGGAGCCAGUGCCAUGCAAGGCCAAGCAGCGUUUAAAGCUUGAGCGAGUGCAGCAGCGCCGACAGCUCAAGGAAGACAACAGCAUCUUGCCACUGAUCGACAGCUCGCGUUUGUUGCAACAAAAUAUAAUUAAGAUGGAGCGACAUCGCGAGCGACUGCAACGUUCGUUGACACAGCCCGCAAUGCAUGCGAAUAUUUAUCAUAAGCCGUAUCAGGUGGAGCGACGCGAGCGUUUGCAUUCCUCGCUGUGGAAACGUUUUCAUACCUAUCCCAUUUACAAUUGUCACAGCAUGGAGCGCGCUGCGCCCAGCUCACCCAAUGGCGGCAGCAGUCUUGCCUUGUUUUUGCCCUGCGCUGCCGCCGCACGCAGAUCAGCGCCGCCCAUGGAGCAGCAGCUGCAGCCACACGCAAGCUCAACGCCCAGCAAGCAGCAGCGAGCUGCGCCGGCUGCGAGCUCGCCACAGAAGUUGAUCUACUAUAGACCAGCAGCUGUGAAGCGAGCCACUGCCACGCCCAGCUAUGCAGCUCACGCCUCCAGUCAUGCCAACGACAGCGCCAGCAAAAUGAGCAGCACUCAGCGUCGGCUCAGCUACGAUCCGCGUGCCACGCUCAAGCGCAGCUCAUUGCCUCGAAAAUCUGCUGGCAGCAGCAGCAACUUAAAGUCCACGCCCACGCCUACGCCAGCGGCAACUGAGCCGCCCAGCAGCACUGCCGACAGCUCUAGCAUCAUAGAAGCUGCCACGCCCACUACAAUUGAGUUGCAGUCCGAGUCCAGCAGCAGUUCCGAGCUUAAGCGCCGCAAGCUCCUCGAAGAAAUGGAGCAACAGCAGCGCAAGCGUUUCCAGCAACUCGUAGCCCAACAGGCAGACGAACAGCAGCGCAUGCAAAAUGAAUUCCAAGCUCAGCAGCAGCUCAUCAUGGACCAGCUGCUUGGCGAGCUGAGCAGCUAUGACAGCGCCAAGCAAGCAACAUCAACUGACGACAGCGUGCAGACCAGUUCACUGUUCCACAGCUGCCUGGAGCAGGAGCAGCAAGCGAUGGAUAUCGCUAGAGCUUUGUACUCGGAAUCAUCGGAGCCAUCGCUGGAGAAAGAAGAUUAGCAAUUGACUAUGAUUAUGAUUAUGUAAUUGAUGUAUUGAUCAAAUAUAUAUGGAUGAGUGCCAAGAGCUUGAUCA